AUGUCGAAGCCCACACAAGCCUCAGCUCUUGUAGCCGCCAAGGUCUUUGCCAUACCAGAACUACUCGAGCUCAUCCUGCUGGGAGCCGUCCCCGAAGAGUCAGACAACGACGAGCUCAGCGAACCGGCAUUGAUACUCUUCCGCGCGUUUCGUGUCAAUCAGAGCUUCAAGGCUACCAUCGAGGGCUCUGCAAAGCUACAGAGGCUCAUGUGGCUUCAGACUGCCAACGCCCCCAACCAAAGUAUCAAGCGCAGCGCUUCGCCCGCUCUGUGGCUGCUUGCUCAGUUGCGCAUGGAUCUGGACACCGUUGAUAAUGGCUCCAUGCGCAGAUCCCAGCCUGAGCGCCUCACCUUCUACGCCGAGAUCGCGCUCUUCGACCAGGAUGUCGAGUACGAAGACACCCAGUACAACGCCCUACAAGAAGACUACAACACCUUCAAGCAACGCUUCGGCGCACCCGAGGCCUCUUGGCGCAACAUGCUGGUCGCUUCCGGGUCUGCUUGUGAUUCGGUCGCUGUCCAGGUCACAGUGCACAUGGGUUUCUGCGACGAGCAACGCCACCCGGUUUUCAAGGAUUCGGUGGUGAUUUCGUGGGAGUUCGUGGCAGACGAGAAGAUUGAUGCUAUUUGGCGCCAGUACUCGAGGCUGAUGGAAGCACUGAAGGCGAAGGAGGAAGGCAUUCUGCUCAUGGCUGCAAGACGUUGGGAGGCACGCGAACAGGACAAGAGUCGGAUCAGUGACUGGACUGACGAUCUUGAGUAA